GCUGUGGACUGUGAACCAGGCUAUCGAGUCACGGCUAUCCGUCGGACGAAGACCUACUAUAACGUGCUUGGAUCUAUAACUAUCGAAUGUGAACAGAUUGCCCGCCCUGAAACCGUAAGCUGCGCCAAGCAACCCAGCAUACCGAGGUGCAAUGGUCAGAUGGAAGAUUGGAUCCUGUGUGUUGCACUUCACCGAGUGUUCGAAUCGAUUCGAAAUCCUGUAUUAAUGAUCAAAUCAAUACCGCCGUUAACGACUUUUCACAUUCUGUUGGUAUCAGAUUUGACGUAUCGUGGCCUUCAAUGUUGGCACCAGUACAACACUAACAGGACAUUGGUUGACUUGCUUUGGAAGAUGGAAAUCUGUCCCUUCCAAUCGAUUGACGUUCCAGUGGUCACAGUCGAACAAAACUGUGAAGAGUGCAAAUGUUCGUGCGGUAUCGAGCAGUGCGCCAGUGGAGCGGAACCAGUACGAGUUAUUCACAAGAAGCGGUUGGGCAAAUGCGGAUGUGAUUGUAGAUGCACAUAUCGAUGUGUUACUUUUUAA